AUGGUAUUUUUUUUCUCUCUGCAGCUGACAAAAGAUAUUGUCAAACACAUGACAGAUACAAUAGAACACCAGUAUGGCUUGGAUACAAGAACAAAUUCCAAUAACAAACUAGUUACUGAUGCUUGGGAUUCAUUGCAACGACAGUUGCAAUGCUGUGGUAUCCAAGGUGGAGAAAACAGUUCCUUCUCGUGGAGCGUGUAUAAACUACGAAGUGAAUGGUAUCGCCGCAAUCCAGACCAAACCCCUUAUGUGCCCAGCAGUUGCUGCAAGAAAAAUGCCAAUGAAAAACGCUGCACAGGUAUAACACGUAUGAGAGCCCCACCCGCUAUCGGUCCACCCCUGGGGAGGGAGGAUUUGCGAAAUCCGGACUUAAAUACUGAGGGUUGCCUGGACAAAAUACGGGAGCAUCUGCUUGAAAGAGCAAUAAUUCUUGGGCUGGUAGCUGGUUCCAUACCAAUAUUACUGGCUGUUGGCAUUGUGGUUUCCUGUUGCUUAUGUCUUAAGGUUCGACGUAACGCAGAAGAUGAAGAGAUAGACCUCUAG